AUGGGCCAUGUGUCCACCAGUCGGCUGCCCCGAGGCUUCAGGGAAUCAGAAGAGUCACGGGACGGACACUGGCAGACGGGAGGUGGAAGCCUGGACACCAUCAAGGAUUUCAGUAAAGAGGAGCUGAGGCACCGAACCCUGCAGGCCAGCACCACCGCCCAGCACCUGAACUUCACAGAAGACGCCGCGGACAACCCUUUGGUGCUUUAUGCCAAAGACAUCGAUGAAAAUGAGGAUUUCCCAGAGGUGCGGGGCGUAGAAUUUGAUGACCAAGAGGGCAUGGACCGGUUCUGGGACGAAGGCCAGGACUCCGGGGUGGAGAUGGCGUUUGGGUACCAGCAGGUGCGCGCGGGCUCCGUGGAGGGCCGAGUGCCCGGGCGCGUGGUGCGCACAGCGGCGGCGCCUUGCGGGGUCCGGGCAGGGCCCCUCUGCAGCUUCAAGAGCAGUUUGAUCUUGCUCUUCUACCUAGUUUUUUAUGGGUUCCUGGCUGGGCUCUUCACACUCACAAUGUGGGCCAUGCUUCAGACCCUGAACGACGAGGUUCCGAAAUACCGCGACCAGAUCUCUAGCCCAGGACUUAUGGUUUAUCCAAAACCAGUGAGUGCAUUGGAAUAUACAUUUAGUUUAUCAGAUCCGAAUUCCUAUAAAGGAUAUAUUAACGAUCUUAAGAGGUUUCUAAAAUCAUAUUCUUUAGAAGAACAGAAGAAUCUCACUGUGUGUCCUGACGGAACACUCUUUGAGCAGUCGGGCCCGGUCUACGCCGCAUGCCAGUUUCCUGUGUCCUUACUUGAAGCUUGCAAUGGUACCGAAGAUCCUGAUUUUGGCUACUCCCAAGGCCAGCCUUGUGUUCUUGUGAAAAUGAACCGCAUCAUUGGAUUAAAGCCUGAAGGAGAACCAAAGAUAGGAUGUGUUUCCAAGGAUGAAACCACAGCCUCCAUAUCAACAUACCCCGACCAGGGAGUCAUGGACUUAAAGUAUUUUCCAUAUUAUGGGAAAAAACUACACGUGGGGUACCUGCAGCCGCUUGUGGCUGUCCAGGUCGCCUUCGAAGCUAACAGUACCAAGAGGGAAGUGACCGUCGAGUGCAAGAUCGACGGGUCUCCCAACUUGAGGAACGAGGAUGAUCGGGACAAGUUUUUGGGACGAGUCGUGUUCAAAAUCACAGCGCGCGCCUAGGAUGCAUAGGUGGUCUCCACAGAAUAAACGUGUUGUCGGUCUUCGUGUGUCAGCUGGACCUGCCAUUCUAGAGUUAGGAGACCGCCCUGGAGGACAGCGGGGCACAUGACACUUGGCUCCGCGUGUGGCGUUCCGUGUCCUGCCCUCACUUCCUGUGGCUCUGCGCCGGCAGCCCACGUGCAGCCAGCUAGGACCGUGCCCGGCUGCAGACGUGUGCCACGCCACACCGCGCCACACCGCGCCGCCGCCUCCUCCCGGGCUCGCUGUCGUGCCUAAAGCUUCCUGUGCUGUGCUGUGUAAAUACUUCAUGGAUUUAACACUGGUUAACUGUCAGAUUGCGAUGCCAACAGAGCUGGUGCCUUGCCAGCAUCAAGUGACUUCCUAGCUGCAGGAAACGUGUGUGU